CCGCGGUCGCGCGAAGGCCUCUGUCGUCGCGAGAAGAAGCCGCUGGGGGCGUCUGCGCGGAUAAACGGAAGUGUCGGUGACGGUCUGCGAUAUCACCGCCAAGCUGGGAACCGGGGAGAUGGCCGAGACUGACCCCAAGACCGUGCAGGAUCUCACCUCGGUGGUGCAGACACUCCUGCAACAGAUGCAAGAUAAAUUUCAGACCAUGUCCGACCAGAUCAUUGGAAGAAUUGAUGACAUGAGUAGUCGCAUUGAUGACCUGGAGAAAAACAUUGCAGACCUCAUGACACAGGCUGGCGUGGAAGAACUGGAAGGGGAAAACAAGAUACCUGCUACACAAAAGAGUUGAAGGUUGCUAAUUUACACUGGAAUCUGGAACAUUGUUUUUAUAAGCCAAGAGAAGACCAGAUGGCUUUAUGCAACUAAUUGCUAUGUGUAGACAGGUUUUAUGUUGUAAAGCGUGCAUUCUUCUUAUCGCAUACUACAUAUUUAGUUGAUAGAGUGGUCCCCCAACCCCCAUUUCUUGAACAUGAUAACUUCACACCUCAGAUCUUGGUCAGUUGUGCUAUUAAAUAUUAAACACUAAAACUUUGGCGGUU